ACUGUAUGCCUUUCGACUUGUUGUGUUUUCUGUUACUCCAAUCGCCAUCUUGUUGCCAGUGAAGUAAUGUGUUUCUGAUGAAUUUCGGGAGCGCCCUGGAUGUCUUAUGACUGUCUUUGGAAGCCAGUGGAUUAUACUGUGAUUUAACCCACCACAUAUAUCUGUACCGGGGGCUUGCAUAAAUUUUUAACGGGAACGUAUUGUAUCGGUGUUCAAAAUGAGUAUCGAUACUCUAUUGGAAGCGGCCAGGUAUUUGGAGUGGCAAGCCCAGCAACAACAGAUUACACGUGAGGAGGAGGAGCGACGAGAGAAGGCCUUGCUGUCCCGUGAGGCGGAGCAGAAGCUCUCUGCCCCCAUUAUCCAGUCUGUCCAAGUUAACCAUGUGACCUGGGCCGACAACAUGUGGCUCGAGCCNNNNCACCACCAGCACCACCCUCCGGUCCCGCCCCCUCCCCUCCCACCACCUGUUCCCAUAGCUGUCAUUCCUAUCCCGGUGGUCCCUGCCAACCCUGCGGCCCCUCCCAUUCAGACUGCUUCGUCCCUUCACAUAGCCUCCCCUAUGCCAGUGGUCACACCCUUGGCCACAGCCCUGUCCCCACCAGCAGCCCCCCUCCUCAGCCCCAAUGGCAAGGAUGCCCACUCCCCUCCGCAGCAGCAACAUCCUCACUUGAUCGCACACAUAAAAGCAGAAGCUAACAGCUUGCCUCUGUUGAAUAACAGUCCCAAGCAGCAACCGCAGCCGCAACAGAUGCAUGCACUUUUGCAACCAUAUCCAGCCCCCAUCAUCACAGCCCAGCCUUCACCACAGCAACACGCCCUCUUGCCCCAGCCAGCACUACCCCAACCUCAGCCCACACCGGCCCAGGGUCAGGCAGGUCAACCGCCCAGGCCUAACGGAGCUGCUGUGGAAGAGCCACGCAGCCUGGAUGGGAAAAGGAGACCUGGAGGGGCUGGAACUCGAGAAGUUCACAACAAGCUGGAAAAGAACAGGUGGGUUAACUUCUGUUUACAUUUGUGUUUUUAUUCAUUUUGAUGAACAGAAGCUGAGCAUGUGAAGUCAUUGAGUAGCCUUAAAGGGAGUUAUGUAUCAUGUUUCUUGCAGACUUUGAAACGGAAAGAAAAGGAGUACGAGCACGAGAUGGAGCGCUUGGCACGGGAGAAGAUCGCCACUCAGCAAAGACUCGCAGAGCUGAAGAAUGAGUUGAGCCAGUGUAUAGACAUCAUGGAGAUCGACAGACUACUCCGACAAACUGUCCAACCAGAAGAUGAUCAGGCCUCCACAUCAACAGCAUCAGAGGGUGAAGACAACUUCGACCAAGAUGUAGAUGAUGACAUCCUCUCCUCCCCGUCCUCGUCUUGUGCGGCCAAACCGUCUGCACCGGCGCCGUCAGAGCCCCGCGCUGCCAUGCCUCCACCCUCCAUUCUCCCUACACAUAUCUCCAUACAACACAAACCCACCACACCACCCUCCGCUCCACCCAAUCAACCCCAGCCCACAGUGGUCACCCCUCAAGCCAUCGCCCCUGCGCCCCCUUCCCACAUCAUUUCCCCUCCUCAGCCAACAGUCAUCACCCAUGCCUCCGUAUCCCAUGCAUCCGUCAUCCAAGCGGUCAACCACGUCAUCCCAGCUGGGCAUAAACAUCUGGCGCACAUUGCGCCCUCUAGUGGCGGCCAGCCUAUCGGACACAUCACCGUGCAUCCCGUGGCCCACCUCCCCGCCGCCAUUUACCCGCAGUCGGUGGCUGUCUCGCAGGCGGCGAUGGUGGGGCACAUCACGCACACGUUGGCGCACCACCCACACACUCACGCCCAAGUUAACGGCAUGCCGGUCACAGGCCAGCAGGCCACCAUCGUGGGAAAGCCAACGGCCGUGGUCGCUCACCAUCACACCGGGCUGGUGGGCCAGACGGUGCUCAAUCCGGUGACUAUGGUAACUGUUCCUCCUUUUCCCAUCAGCACGCUAAAGCUGGCCUGAAGAAAAGAGAGGCUGCACAGAACACUUCCAUGAAUGGAGGUCUCACAAAGCGAGCGCAAGAGAGACUAAAGACGAAGAGCUAAUCGCGAAAAGGACGACUAGAUCCUGUUCAGAAAAUCACUACUGUCACUCCUACACGCCGAGACGUCGUCAGGAUCGGAACGUGUCCUCUUUUGCUUGUAGUAGGGGCUUGCGUGUCUUUUGCCAUGCAGCGUUGGAAUGAAUUUCAUGUAAUGCACUUGCAAAUUCGAAGACAUUGGUCAGUCUUUAGUAAUGUGAGAGUGGAGUGCUAAAACAAAUCAAUUCAUUCUACUCUUUCCCUCGUGUCCUUUUUUCUGUAUGCAAAUUAUCUCUCACUUUACAUUCAUUCACCAAAAAAAAUCUCCACUUUAUUCAAAAACGAGUGCUUAAAGGUCAGUACUGAAAGCAUGCAGAAAAACGUUUACUGUGUAACUAUAUUUUGGGGGCUUUUAAAACUCUUCAUACGGGGCUUUUGACAAAAAAAAAAAACAGGUACAUUCAGACUCAGAUCAGGUUUCUCAAAGUGUCUUUGUACUUGCGAGCAAAUGUAAGUGCCUAAGCCCCAAUUCAAGCCCAGUGGCGCCACCUACUGCCUACGCGAUGCAACAACAACAACAUUGCUGAAUAUGAAGCGCAAGCGCAUUAGACUUGCAUUGACCUGACCUACAGUCACAGACAUCUGUUGGCAAUCAAAGUCUUAAAAAAAGUGUAGAGGCGAAUGGGUUGUAAGGAAACUCAACUAAUACACAAUUCAACAUCUGAGAAAGACAUGUAUUUGAAAGUACAUUAAAGCAUUUAUAACAAGUGCUCAGAUGUUUAACUUAAUAAUACUUGAAGAACGUUUCAAAUGAUUAAAAACGUUACUUACGGCGUGUGAUAGUCGGGCAUUUCCGUUUCUUCAAAUCAGCAGUUACCAAUGUUCUCGUGCUUGUAGCAACACGAUGAAGAACGUCGAUAGAAGUCUUCGAAAAUACGUUAACGUCACGCCGCGCGCACGUUCAUAGGUGGCGUCCGGUGUAAAUCGGUGCUGUUGUGUGUCCAUUGUACGUUCAUCGGCGCACAGCCAUUUUUCAUUACUACGCGUGAUUGUGUAAAUUGUCGUGAAGUAGGCGCUUGUUAAUAAGCAUUUUAAGAGGUUAAAACAUGCUGUUUUCUGUUUCAUUGACAUCAGGACAAAAAGCCCCUUUGCCAAUAGCAGUGCUUCUCAUAAAGUCGGCCUGCCAUUCUCAAUGCACUCGCUUGGUUGAACCUGCACAAAGUUAGCCAUCCGACCGUUUCCCUAUGUAAACUUAUUGGUUUGCUGUCGAUGGUUAGGUACACCACGUUGUUGCUUUUUUACUGUCACUUUCAAACGGAACACUGUGAUUCCUGGUCUUAACAUCCUCUUUCUGCUGCAAAAAAA